AUGCUCAAUUACAGAAUGUAUUUCUGGAAUAUGGCCUUCAAAAUAAUCUUCUUCUCACAAACUACAACUGGAAUUCUGGGAAAUUUCUCUCUGUUUUACUACUAUCUAGUCUUCUCUGGAGAAUGCAAAUUAAAGACUGUACAUUUGAUUCACAUCCACCUAAUAUCAGCCAACACCUUGAUCGUUAUUUCUAAAGGAGUACCCCAAACUAUGGCAGCUUUUGGUUUGAAGCAGUUUUUAAAUGAUUUUGGAUGUAGAUUACUUCUGUACCUUGAAAGAGUUGGCCGCAGUGUGUCUAUUGGUGCCACCUGCUUUUUGAGUGUCUUCCAGGCCAUCAUUGUCAGCCACAAAGAAUUCUGUUGUAAGGAUCAAAAAGUCAAAGCUGCUAAGUACAUUGGCUGCUCCAUUGCCCUCCUUUGGGUCUUGUACAUGUUGAUAAAUUUAAUUUUCUUUGUGUACCCAAUUAUCAAAAUGUAUAGUAAAAAUAUGACAACAAAACAAGAUUUUGGACACUGCUCCAUUGCAAGGCGGGAUGAAACCAAUAACUUACUCUAUGUAGCACUGGUGGUGUGCCCUGAAAUCUUCUUUUCGUUGGUCAUGUCCUGGUCCAGUGGCUCCAUGAUUGUCAUUCUAUACAGACACAAGAAGAGGGUUCAACAGAUCCGUAGCACUUGCAGUUCCAGCGAGAACUCCCCUGAGUCCAGAGCCACCCACAACAUCCUGGUCCUGGUGUGUACCUUUCUGACUUUUUAUACUCUCUCAGCUAUCUUACAAGGUUGUGUGGCUCUUUUGUAUAACCACAGUUGGUUGCUGGUGAACUUCACUCGAGUCACUUCUCUGUGCUUUCCUUGUUUUGGACCCUUUUUUCUUAUGAAUCAUUACUCCAUGGUGCCAAGACUUAGUUUGGCCUGGAUGAGGAAUAUAAGCUCACUUAUUCUUAAGUAA